ACAAAAGUGUUUAAAAUGGCUGAAGCAGUUGGAGUAGUAUCUGCUAUCCUAGGUCUGACUAUUUUUGCGUAUGACACGAGUAAAUCACUGUAUGAGACGGUUUCCAGCUUCAGGACCCAGCGAAAAACCAUCAAAGAUCUUCAAGAUGAGCUCAACUCUCUUACCACCAUCCUCGGGUCGAUCCGCACAUAUGUAGAAGGAUCGAAUGAAGUCCAGAGACUGGAGCCUCUUAAAGAACCAUUGGAGUGUUGUUUGACAAUAUGUCAAGAAAUGCGUGAAACACUUGAGGCCUGUACGAAAUACUCAGCAGAAGGGCGGGACAGUGUUCGGGCUUGGCUUAGCAUGCGAUACCACGGCAAGAGUUUUGAGGACAUCAGAAAACGACUUAACAGUUAUACGUCCACCCUCAGUAUCACAUUUGCGUCAAUCAACAUGCGAAAUCACAGUAUUACGCAGGAAUCAUUGAAUGAUCUUAAAGACUCAAUCCGCGGUACUAAAGAAGAUCUGGAAGAUCAGUUAGAUCAAAUAAACGAAGCCAUCAGAUCCACAGAUGCUUCAAACCGAGCAUCCUUUCGAACCGACCAGGCUCGGCUGGUGGGUAGUCUCAAAAGCAUUGAAUGGGCUCAGCAGGUUGCGGAUACUACUCUCCCCAGACCACAGUUCAGCUUGAACGUGUCAGAAAAUGAAGCUGGAUUAGGUGCUAUUAUGGCUGCUGGGGUUCACACUCCACAAACACUUCAGGCACUUCUUAGAGAUUCCCAGACGCAGAAUCUCGCGCUCACACUUCAAGCAGCUCAGGCGCAAUCACAAAACACCAAUACCCCAACCCUACAAUCUCUUCUACACGGCCUAUCAGUUGGGCCGCUAACAGGGGACUGCUCUUCCAAUCCAAGGAUUUCAGGAAAUGCUAACCCAGGUCUCCGAACACCCAUGCAACCAAUCGAGUCAGUGCAUGGGGAGGUAGUUGAUACGGAGCUCAGGGAA